AUGUUGAAGCGGCUCUCGAAGGCUUCGCGCAGCGGCUCGGCAGGGCGGGCCGCGUCCGCGGAGUCGGGGUGGGAGGAGGCUGGCAGCACGAACCCGAACACGCCCGUGAUUGAAGACCCUGGAGGCCCGCGCAGCGGGCCUGUCUCGCUGCCGAAGACAGAGAGCGGCGACGUCAAUGGCGAAGGGAGUCCCCGUGAAGCGGCUCAGGAGGAGGAAGAGCGGCGCCUCGCGAGGAAGCGCAGCUCCACGGGCAAGGGGAAGCUCUUCUCGCGGCUGACCUCAAAGUUCUCGCGUUCUCUCUCUGCCCUGCUGCAUAGCGACGGGUCGGGCGCCAGCCACGAGGCUGCAGGCCGCAAGGCCGCGGCCUGCGGCAACUCGCGGGAUGAGAGAGCCGGAGAGCUCGAUGCGCCGCAGAGCGCCAGCGGCGAGCCAGGCGUGGCGGCGGCUCACGACGCGUCUUUUGCGCAGAAGAGGAAAUUCCACAUUCCGCAUCCGCACCUGCUAGGGCACCACAGCCGCGCACUCACGCGGCAGCACUUGAGCGGGUCCGGUGGCGCGGCCGCAGACGCUGGCGCGGAGCCGAGCGGCCAUGGGAUCGGCACAGGCAUCCUGCAUGCGGCAACGGGGCUGAUGCAUCCUUCGCAUCUGCCUCAUCUUCACCUGCGCAGCACGCAUGCCAAGCCCGAAAACGCUGGUCAACAACACACGCCACGCGGUCAGCAGCAGCAGGAGUCCGAGAACGGCGUCCAGGGUGUCGAGUUGCUGCGUCAGCUCCACCAGGCCCACGAGCGCGCGAGGAAGAUCGUAGAGGACAGCAGAAAACAGAAAGAAAUCCUGCUGCAGAGAGCCAGACAGGAAGUUGAGGAAGAGGCGGUUCGAGUCCGAGAAGAAGCUGAGAAGGAGUUCGAAGUAGCUGCGGAGACAGAUCAGAAAGAGGACGCGGCUUUCGCGGCGGCGACUGACGAUGCCCCUGUAGAUCCCCAUGUGCCGCGGACAGCAGUGGACGAGGCUGCCCAGUUCUGCGUCGGGCAAGUCCUCCUCGUCGACGUCGGAUUGCCUGAAGAACUGAAGAAGCGUCUGCCUGUCAUCAAAGCGAACCCUCCAACUUUCUUCCGGAAGAGCUGCGCGUCUCAGUACCCCUCCACGCGUGGGCCCAAGGGCGACCCGACGAUUUUGAAGGCUGCGCUGGAGCACUCGUAUCGGCAGAGUCGAGAGUACAGCGAAGCGCACUACGGCUCAGCGUCCCUGACUGAGACGAUGACCGACGAAUACCGCGGGGCGUGUUUGAAGAAUCUCGGCGGCAGCAGCGAGGUUGGAGGCGCGAAGCGAGAUGUCUACAGCGCGAUUCUGGGUGACCGCGCAUGGAACGAAGCUGACGAAGCUGACCUGCAUCUCGACAUCAACGACGUGCAGGGACAAGAAGACGAUAACCAGUGGUGGGCGUCGAGACGCAAAGGCAACGAUGAUGGCUCCGUGACGCCCCGCGCCUUCUGCCAGGGCUGCUGGCCGGCUGCCCCUGCCUAG